AUUGUUAAAACUUUAUCUAAUCUAAUGUAUCACUCCUCAUAAACUUAUCCAAUUUUAUUCAUCAUCACCAGCACCACCACCACUAGCACCAGCACCACCACCAUGGCAACCACCACAACCACCCACCACCCCCACAAACCCCUCGAUCUCGAGCUCACAAUCAUCUCCGCCAAACACCUCAAAAACGUCAACUGGAGAAACGGCGACCUAACCCCAUACACCAUCUUCUGGCUCGACCCCAACCACCGUCUCGCCACCAAAUCCGACGACUCCAACUCCACCAAACCCGUCUGGAACGAACGCUUCCUCAUCCCACUCCCACCACCCCCCACCCCCACCACCAUACUAACCCUCGAAAUCUUCCACUCUAAACCCUCAGACACCCCCAAACCCUUAGUCGGAACCCUAGGUAUCCCCAUCAACGACUUACCUAACCCCCAAGAUUUUAAUCUUGUUAGAACCUACGAUCUCCGCCGUCCAUCUGGCCGUGUUCACGGUAAGAUCCGGUUAAAAUUAGCUGUUCGUGAUCGUCCGGUACAAGAUUACCAAAUUACCCCUCCACCUGCUUAUUAUUACAACACUGCCCCUGCCCCUUCCCCUGUUCCGCCGUACGGUAGAUAUCCACCGUCUCCAUCCCCGUAUACCACCGCACCGCAUCCACCACGGCCGUACCUUUACGGGUCGAAUUCGGAUCCGUAUUUCGGUUAUUACCAGGGUGGAUAUUACCCGAUUACGCAGUCGAAUACGCGGGGUUAUACCGAAAGACCGUCCGGCUAUGAAGGCGGUGGUGUUGGUGGACCGAGUGUUUCGGUUGAUUACGAGCAGAAGCAGCCACGGCCCGUGAGACAGUCUAGCGAUGGCGAUGGAGGUGGUGUUGGUGGACCGAGCGCGCCGGUUGAUUACGUGCAAUAUGAUCAUAAGCAGAAAAUAGGAAACGUAGCGUCCGGUUUAGGAUUAGGGAUGGAAGUAGGUGUGACUCCACAACCGACUCCGGUGAGACAGUCUGGUUACGCCAAUGGUGAUGGUGUCGGUAGACCGAGUGCUCCGGUUGAUUAUGCGCAGUAUGAGGAGAAGCGGAACGUAGCGUCUUCUGGUGCAGUUGAUGAAGGAUUGAGGUAUGAAGAUGAGAAGACUGGGGAGAGAGUUGAGAGUGAUGUGAAUGCGAGGGAGCUUGAUGAUUACAGCGGUUAUCGACGUGUUGAUUAUUGAUUUACUAGCUAACUAACCGGAGUUGUGGUUCGCGAGCACGCUUGGUUAAUGGUUUGAGGUAAGUUUUAAGUUAUGAUUAUGUUGGUGUAUGUGUAUGUGUAUGUGUAUAUGAUGUAUAUGAAGUAUUUGAAGCUAUAAGAAUUUGUUGAACAUGAUUUGUGGUUUAUAAAUUCACUUUGUUUCUGUCAAA